AUGCCCGAACACACUGAGGUGGCCCGUAUAGUGCACUUUAUUCGCAAACACCUGGUCGGAAAGACCCUGUCCAAAGUUCAAGCACAACACGAUGAUAUUGUGUACGGCAAAGUGGGCACCAGCGCCGAGGAAUUUCAGAAGUCGAUACAAGGAAAAAAGGUGGUGGGUGCUGGGCAACAGGGGAAAUACUUCUGGAUCACUAUGUCGUCGCCUCCACAUCCAGUGAUGCAUUUUGGUAUGGCAGGAUGGCUGAAGAUUAAGGAUGCCGAUACAUACUAUUAUCGCUCUGAUAAACCAGCAGACAAGGAAUGGCCUCCAAAAUAUGCGAAAUUUUUACUAGAGACCAGUGAUGAGCCCAAGACAGAGGCCGCAUUUGUGGACUCUCGCAGGCUAAGUCGGAUUCGUCUUUUGGAUUGUCCCGCCGACGAGAUUCGCCAACAUUCACCUCUGAAGGAAAAUGGCCCAGAUCCGGUAGCGGAUAAAGACAUUGUCAACGAGUCUUGGUUGAUGGAGAAGUUGAGGAAGAAACGGAUGCCAAUCAAGGCUCUGCUAUUGGACCAAGCGAAUAUCAGCGGCAUUGGAAACUGGAUGGCGGAUGAAAUAUUAUACCACGCCAAGAUCCACCCGGAACAAAUGAGCAACACUUUGUCCGAUGAUCAGAUCAAAGAGCUUCAUACAGCCUUGCAUUACGUCUUCACGACCUCCAUGGAUGUUCUAGCGGAUUCUGAAAAGUUCCCUGAACAUUGGCUCUUUAAACAUCGAUGGGGCAAGGGAAAGAAAAACCAACCCUCUGCUCUUCCAAACGGCGAUAAGAUCAUCUUCGUGACUGUCGGGGGCAGAACAAGUGCUGUCGUUCCCGCGGUUCAAAAGAAAAGUGGUUCUGGGGGGAAAGAGGAGAACAUAAACGGCACUCACAUAAACGGCACUCCCCCGAAACGUAAGCGUGUCAAGGAAGAAAGCGAUUCGGAAGCCAAACCUGCCAAGAGCCGGUCGAUAAAAAGCAAGUCGAUCAAGGAUGAAACUGAGAAGAAAAUCGACACGGGCAUUGAAAGACGCUCUACUCGGUCAAGAAAGUAA